CGCGAGCAUUCACUGAGAGGUCUCAGCCGUGAAUUGACGGAGAAGAUCUUGCGAGACAGAGUGAGGAGAAGUUUACCUCCCGGAGCCACUCACAUUGUCAGGAAAAUCGGUGACCCAAAAUGGGAAACUGACCCAUCAAAAGUUCCCGCCGAAUUCGACGUGAGAGAGAAGUGGAAAGAUUGCGCGCCACUCAUCGAACAAGUUGAAGAUGAAGGCCCAUGCCUCACAGACACGGUAGGUCUAUAUUAG